CAACGGCACCUCCAAGAGGGUUGAGUUCUCGAAGUUCGAAAAGCGAUCUAGCCGUACCAUGAAUGGCCAUUCCACAUCUUUAGACGAAGUGAACAGUAGGGAAACGAUGACUACAGAUGGAACUGAGAACAUUGCCUCGUCCUCCAUGGGCCAAUCCACCUCAACGGCAAACAACAAGUCAAUGAGAUCUUGGCGGAACAUCCCGGAGAACUAGUCAAAACGGGUUCGCCCUCCUUUCUGUGCUCAGCUCUCCCUACUCAUUGGAGAUCAAAUAAAACUCUACCUGUGGCCUUUAAAGUUAUAGCUUUAGGAGACAUUAGUGACGGAACAAUUGUGACCUUGCGGGCUGGCAACGAUGAAAAUUAUUGUGCCGAACUUCGGAACUGUACAGCCGUGAUGAAAAAUCAAGUAGCCAAAUUCAAUGAUUUGAGAUUUGUGGGACGCUCUGGACGAGGGAAGAGCUUCAAUUUGACAAUUACGAUCAGCUCGAGUCCGCCCCAAGUGGCAGUGUAUACCAAAUGUAUGAAAGUCACAGUGGAUGGACCCAGAGAGCCAAGGAGUAAAACUAGACAACAGCAACAUUUCCGACCUUUUUUCGAUACGCGGUUCACGGGUCAUCUUCUCGAGUUGCGAAGAAAGUCAGAUCCAUUCAAUAUGGCCAACCCUCAAGACGACUUUAGUUGUGCCAUGUCAACCAUGGCGGCCGUUGCUGUGGCUUCAUCGCCAAAGUCAAAUUCGACGACUGGUUUUUGGUCUUGUGCCACUUCGGGAUUGGGUUCAAAUAGUGGUCAUGGGUUAACUGGAUCGGGGGAGACGGGCCAACAACAUCCUCAGCAACAUAAAUUUCAUCAUCACUCUCUUUCUUCCAAUGCAUUUGAAUAUCAUCAAGAUAACUCUCAAUUGGCUUUAAGUAGCAGCGGGGCGGAUUCUCAUUGGGGCUACAACAACCCCUACGCCUCGGCGUACUUGGGACAAUCGUCCUUCAAUUCCUCUACUGCAGUGGCCGCAGCUGCAGUACUUCCCUACGGAUCCGCUGGGGCCACGGACUCGGUCUCAGGGACUGACGUGGGGGGAGUUAACAACAGUGGUGGACAAGAUCUUGGCAUUAGUGAUCCCAAUACAGCACUUCCGACAGUUUUGACGGAGGAAUCUAGUAACUCGCCCUCAAGGAAUGAUCGAGGGGAAUAUUCUACCAAUACGGCGAGUGGAGCCAACGGGACCAGUUCCAGUCGCGAUCUGGUCAAGGCCGAGGUGGACCCAUUGGCAGUUGCAGUUGGUGAGCGAUCCCCGGUCGAUGUGGUUGUUUCAUUAAGCGAUAAUGGCACAGGGGGCUCAAGUGGCGAUCCCUCAGCUUAUCCCAUGCAUCAUCGAUAUGCGGAUCAUGUGUCGGGCGAGUACUCGAGCCCUUUGGGUGGCAAUGUCUACGGUCCGUCCGGGGGAGCCACCUCCUCUCACCAUUACGGACAGUCCGCUUACUACGGAGCCUCCCCAGGGGCUGGAUACCUCAACAACGCAAUGGCUCCGCUCCUCUAUCCUCAUCUGUACAGCGCCACCACGGUGAAUCCCUCACUGCAUUUACACGGAAACAGCUUAGGUGGAACCGAGCAAAGCGGCUUGGUGGAUGAUUAUGGCCUGAGCGUAGGGCGAGAUGUCGUCAAUGGUGAAGGAGGCGUCAAUCAUCAAGUCUAUUCCUCAUUAGAAGGCGAUGAUAGUCAGACGGGGCCGAUUCGUGGCACCUACUCCUCUCGCAACGAACAUGGCAGUCACGUCUGGAGGCCGUAUUGAUCACAAGCCCCGGGUCUCUCUCGGCUGUCGCACUUGCUUUCCCGCUCCUAUUUUCCCCCGCAUAGUCCAAAUCUUGAGCCUGGGCGACGCAUAAUGCGUUUCACUGUCCCUGUUCUAAAACCGUCGAUUCACGCCUUACCAAGAUAAGCCCCAAGUAGUUGUUUCUAUUGUCAUCACCUCGGCUACCUAAACUGUGAUGAAGUUAAGCCGGUCACGACAGUUCACCAAGCCUGAGGGUCACUGAAGUCACGAAAUUGCAUUUAGCUGGACUGGCAAAAGACAGUGCAAGUGCAGGUUGUGGGCACGACGACACAAUUUCGUUUGCUUCUGCAAUCAUCCGUGCUUUUUUUGGCAAUUCAUUUGUGAACAAUGUCUCAAGGAACCGUAAUAGCGCAUGCUAAAAUCCUUCCCAAUGCCGAUUGCUAAUAUUGGGUUUGUGUUGUUGUCGCUGUUGCUGUUGAUAUUCUUUGUUCCGUUUGAAAGCUAGUUUGCAUCAUCGUGUUAACACCAGUGACCCAUAUCUCAUAAUCUGUAUUAUCCUCAUCCUCAUCCUCAUCACCAUCAUCCUCCAAUCAAAAACGUUUCCGCCAUGACAACCUCAUUUGGUGUGUUCCAGUCUCAUUUACCAAUGAGUCUUCUACCCUUAUCGCUAUCAAUAUGUAGAUAAAAUAAAUAAAUAGUUGACUAAUGAUCCUCGCCCAAAA